UGAUCAUCAUCUUCUUUUCUUCCUCACAACAUUAAUUACCUUCCCUUUCCUUUCAUCUUCUACAUAUAAAUUUCUCACUUUUUUUUGUCAAGAAACAUCAAUGGCUUGCACAGAGGUUUUCAAGGAGCAGGUGGAGCUGAAAGAGGAAGAAGAAGAAGCAUGCACUCAAGAUGGAACUAUGGAUUGGCAUGGCCACCCUGCAAUCAAAGCAAAAUCCGGACAAUGGACUGCUGGAACUAUCAUUCUCUUGAACCAAGGGCUAGCAACCCUAGCAUUCUUCGGUGUGGGGGUGAAUUUGGUGCUUUUCCUGACGAGAGUGUUGGGGCAAAACAAUGCUGCUGCUGCUAACAAUGUCAGCAAAUGGACCGGCACCGUCUACAUCUUCUCCCUUGUUGGUGCUUUCCUCAGUGAUUCCUACUGGGGGAGAUACAAAACUUGUGCCAUCUUCCAAGUCAUCUUUGUUAUUGGUUUGGUGUCACUGUCUCUAUCAUCAUACAUUUUCUUAAUCAGACCAAGAGGCUGUGGGAAUCAAGAAAUGCCAUGCGGGUCACAUUCAGGCUUGGAGAUUGCGUUAUUCUACCUCUCUAUCUACCUGGUUGCACUAGGGAAUGGAGGGUACCAGCCUAACAUUGCUACAUUUGGGGCUGAUCAGUUUGAUGAAGAUGACCCCAAGGAAGGACAAUCUAAGGUUUCAUUUUUUAGCUACUUUUACCUUGCUUUGAACCUCGGAUCACUUUUCUCCAAUACCAUUUUGGGGUAUUUUGAAGAUGAAGGGAUGUGGGCACUUGGAUUCUGGGUGUCUGCCGCCUCUGCUUUGGCAGCACUUGUUUUGUUCCUUGUUGGAACCACCAGGUACAGGCACUUCAGACCAAGUGGAAACCCUAUCUGCAGGUUCAGUCAAGUACUAGUAGCUGCAACCAAGAAAUGCAGCGUUGAUAUGCCAUCUGAUGCAGAUAGCUUCUUUGGUGUCGAUGCGAAUGAUUCGUCUGUCAACGGAAACCGGAAGAUUCUCUACACCAAUGAAUUCAAGUUCUUGGACAGAGCAGCAUACGUAAGCACAAGAGAUGUUGAUGAUCAAAAGAGGGGAAUUUACAACCCGUGGCGUCUUUGUCCCGUCACACAAGUUGAAGAAGUUAAAUGCAUACUAAGAUUACUUCCAAUUUGGCUAUGCACCAUUAUUUACUCCGUUGUCUUCACACAAAUGGCAUCUCUCUUCGUCGAGCAAGGUGAAGCGAUGAAAGUUACCGUCUUGAAUCUCCGGAUUCCUCCCGCGAGUAUGUCCAGCUUCGACAUUCUCAGUGUCGCAUUGUUCAUAUUUCUUUACCGACGAGUUCUCGACCCGUUGGUGGGCCGCCUGAGGAAAAAGGAUUUGAGGGGACUCACCGAGCUUCAGAGAAUGGGAAUCGGCCUCGUUAUAGCUGUAUUGGCAAUGGUUUCUGCUGGGAUUGUGGAAUGCUAUAGAUUAAAGCAUGCCAACAAAGAUUGCAUCCACUGUGAAGGGUCAAGCUCCUUAAGUAUCUUUUGGCAAGUUCCUCAAUAUGCAUUCAUUGGAGCAUCCGAGGUUUUUAUGUACGUCGGUCAGCUCGAGUUCUUCAAUGCACAAACACCUGAUGGAUUGAAAAGCUUCGGCAGUGCUCUUUGCAUGACGUCGAUAUCGUUGGGGAACUACGUUAGUAGCUUGCUGGUGACGAUGGUGAUGAAGAUUUCAACUGAAGAUCAUAUGCCAGGAUGGAUACCAGGCAAUCUAAAUAAGGGUCACUUGGAUAGAUUUUACUUUCUAUUAGCUGGUCUAACUACAAUUGAUUUGGUUGUGUAUAUAGCAUGUGCCCGAUGGUACAAGUGUAUCAAGCUCGAAGGAAAACCAGAAGAAAAUGAUGAGAAAGGUAGAUUUAAAGUGUGAAAAUGUACAUCUAUUUAUAAAUAAAUUUUAAAAAUGUUGAAUGAA